AUGGCUCUCCAAGAGGAAGGAGCUUGCAUGGGCCCACGUUGCAUCCUCAUCCUGCAGCAGGCACUGGAGCUAGGCCUGCAGCAGCAUCAGUCCCACAAAACGCUGUGGUGUGUGCAGCCUUGCCUAAAUGAUGCUUUUUCUUUAUUUGGGUCAGGUCUCGCUGCAGAAGAACUUUUUGAGAAACCAACCCUGAGCAUUGCAAAGGAAAGAAUUGUCAUCUCUCCCGGAGACAUCCUAAAAAUAAAAUGCAGGGGAGCACCUUCAGUGAGCUGGCUUUUGCGGGAGAACCAGAGAGAAGACCCUAGGAUACACAUCAAUAGUUGCCGUAAUAACACGAGGCAGAGCUGCAGCACGCUUGUCGUCAGGAAGGUCACCGCGAACGACACCGGCUACUUCACCUGCAUUCAUGACGAUUUCCCAACUAAUGAGGAUCUCAUGGCCAGAAUUUAUGUGUUUGUUAAAGACUACAGAAAUCCAUUUGUGCAGAUUUACCCAGAACAUCCUGAUAUCAUCUACAUUUUAGAUGCUAAGAAAACGGUGGUUGUCCCCUGCCGUGUUACCUCUCCAGACAUCAAACCCAAGCUUCUACAGUAUCCCUCUUCUGUAGAGAUGAACCUCAAGAGGAUGGUGUGGGACCCCACACGAGGAUUUGUGAUCCCCUCUCAUUCGUUUGUUUACUCUGGAGUACUCAAAUGCACCGCAAAUGUCAACGGAACUGUGUUCUCAUCCUACUACCUAGCACAGAGACUGGAGAGCAGAAUACAGAACCUGGAUUUGAAAGCAACUCCAAAAAAGCUGCUGGUGGGAGAUACUCUCUAUUUGGACUGCAGAGCAGAAACCUUCAUCAAUGGACGCAUUGAGUUCGCGUGGACGUGUCCUAGUGGGAGACAACCUUAUCCUAGAAGAACGAUGGACCAAAGCGACGUGGUGUAUAAAUUUAGCAGUAGCCUGACAAUUGAGAAUGUCACCAUGGAAGAUGGAGGCUCUUAUGUGUGCAGAACACUCAAUGCAACAAGGCUGGAGGCCAAUGUCACAGUCACAGUGUACGACAAACCUUUCCUUACGGUUUCCCAUAAGAAAGGGCCCUACUAUGAGAUUACAUCAGGACACAAGUCAUUGAAACUGGCAGCAAAGGUGGAUGCCUUUCCGCGUCCCAGUGUUACCUGGUACAAAGAUGGCAAACUGAUCAAGGAUAACCACACCUGCUACGAACCAGAUCCAAUGAAGUACAGACUGGGCAUAAGAGACGUGAGACCCAAGCAUGCUGGCAACUAUACAAUUGUCUUGAGCAAUGCAAAAUACGGCCUGUACAAGAACCUCACCAUGCAGCUCGUAGUGACAGAGAGACCCAAAAUCUAUGAAAAGGAGACGGAUUUUGAUAAGAUCGAGCGGGUGGAAUUAAGAAGCACACACAAAAUCCAGUGCACCGUAAGCGGGAACCCUGACCCAAAGGUCGAGUGGCAGUGGCAGCCCUGCAGCCUCAUGGAGACAGUAUGCAACCCCCAUGGGCCAAGAAUAGUGGUGGAGGAGAACAUGGAUACAGGCAACAAGAUCAGGAGCAUUGAAAACACCAUGAAGCCUGGGGAUAAAAGAAAGAUCGUGAGCACGCUAACCAUGGAGAACAGCAGCGCGUCGGGGAUCUAUUACUGCGUGGCCUCCAACAAGAUCGACACAGAGGAGAGGAGCAUCAAGUUCUAUGUUUCAGAUGUGCCCUUUGGACUGCAAACAGACCCAAAGAUUACAGCUAUUGUGGGCAAUGAUGUCCAGCUGACCUGCAGGGCCUCCAAGUACAUCUACACAAACCUGGCCUGGUACUACCCCUCCUCAGAGGUGGCUCGCAGUGACUCAGUGAUCAAGAAUAUUGACAACUACUCCAUUUCUUUGACAUUAGUCAUCAAGAAUGUCACAAGGGGCGACAGUGGCCUCUACAAGUGCAGAGUGCAGAACCAGCACAACUCCACCGACACGCUGGAGCAGCACACGCAGCUCCUCGUCAAAGCAAAGGCAGCGCCGUAUAUCAUCCAGAACCUCACAGACCUGGAGGUGAACAUCAGCGGCAAGAUCAUCCUGGAGUGCAGGGUGAGCGGAACGCCGGAGCCGCACAUCACGUGGAAGAAGAACGGCUACCCCAUCUCCGCAGCCUCGGGAAUUUCCAUGGAAAAUAAUACCCUGGUCAUCGAGCGAGUGAAAAAGGACGAUGAAGGCCUCUAUGAAUGCCAGGCAUCCAAUGACAUGGGCCAGGAAAGCACAUCAGCCUUUAUUAAAAUACAAGGUUCUGAGGAGAAAUCCAACAUUGAAGUUAUCAUUUUGGUCUGCACUGGCUUAGCAGCUACCCUCUUCUGGCUUCUUCUGACCCUUUUCAUUCGGAAGCUGAGAAAACCUGAUGCCACGGACAUUAAAACGGGAUACCUGUCAAUUAUAAUGGAUCCAGAGGAAAUGCCUCUUGAUGAGCAGUGCGACCGCCUUCCCUACGACAGCAGCAAAUGGGAGUUCCCAAGAGACAGACUGCGGCUGGGUAAAACACUGGGUCACGGUGCUUUUGGGAAGGUGGUGGAAGCGUCUGCUUUUGGCAUUGAUAAAUCUUCAACCUGCAAAACAGUUGCUGUUAAAAUGCUUAAAGAAUGUGCAACUACUAAUGAGUGCAAGGCUUUAAUGUCCGAGCUGAAGAUCCUCAUCCAUAUAGGACAUCAUCUGAAUGUCGUCAACCUGCUGGGAGCCUGCACCAAGGCUGGAGGUCCUUUGAUGGUCAUAGUAGAAUAUUGCAAAUAUGGAAAUCUGUCCAAUUACCUAAGAGGAAAGCGAGGAGAUUUCAUUGCAUACAAGUCCCAGGAAAACUCGGACCAAGCAGAGAAAAGUCUUGACGAGUCCAACAGUGAUUUAACGGAACUGAUCAAGAGGCGCCUUGAGAGCGUAGCCAGCACAGGAAGCUCUGCCAGCUCAGGAUUCAUUGAAGAUAAGAGUUACAGUGACUCGGAAGAAGAUGAAGAAGAUGCUGAGGAUUUGUACAAGCGGCCCUUGACUUUGGAGGAUCUGAUUUGCUAUAGUUUCCAAGUGGCCAAAGGCAUGGAGUUUCUUGCCUCCAGAAAAUGCAUUCAUCGGGAUUUGGCAGCAAGGAACAUCCUCCUGUCAGAAAACAACGUGGUGAAGAUCUGUGACUUUGGACUCGCCAGGGAUAUUUACAAAGACCCCGACUAUGUACGGAAAGGAGAUGCAAGGCUUCCCCUCAAAUGGAUGGCUCCGGAGGCUAUUUUUGAUAAAAUCUACACAACGCAGAGUGAUGUAUGGUCUUUUGGAGUGCUGCUGUGGGAAAUAUUUUCUUUAGGUGCCUCACCAUAUCCUGGAGUGCAGAUAGAUGAAGAUUUUUGCCGACGACUCAAAGAAGGAACCCGGAUGAGAUCUCCUGAGUACUCUACUCCAGAAGUCUACCAAACGAUGCUGGACUGCUGGCAUGGAGUGCCCACCGAGAGACCUACCUUCACUGAGCUUGUGGAGCGCUUAGGAGACCUUCUGCAGGCCAACGUACAGCAGGAUGGUAAAGACUAUAUUCCACUGAACAUCACAUUGUGCCCUGAUGGAGAAUCUAACUCCAAAACUGGCCCAGUGGAAGAAAAUUUGAACUGCAUCAACCGCUGGAGUGCAGUGGAAACUAGUAACAACAGCAAGAAGCGGCCACUGAGUGUGAAGACGUUUGAUGAGGUGCCAGUGGAAAAGGAGAAAGUGAAGCAUGAGGAGUCAGAUAGUGGGAUGGUGUUGACUUCUGAUGAGAUAAAAAGCCCAAAGCGGCUGGAAAUCCGUUCUUGGCCCUACGGAAUCAUGGCUCUAGCGCGGAGAGCUGUUAGCAAGAGCAAGGAAUCCAUAUUGUCCGACCACGAGCGCGAGGCUGUCAAGUACCAGCCAGCAGUCCAGGUUGAAGAAGACACCAUGGACUUCACACUGGAAGACUCUGUUCUCCUUCCUAUGGAUCCAAACCUGGAAUGCCACAGCCCACCUCCAGAUUACAACUCCGUCAUUCACUACUCUGCCCCUCCGGUGUAACGGGCCCGAGCUGAUCCAGGGCCUCUUGUGCCUCUCUCGACACCGCUAAAUGCUCAUAUGCCUCCGUGCCUGAGGGAAGAGGCUGGGGAGAAGGAGAAGGGAAAUCUGACGGCACACUGGUUCACGUGUUUCUUCUGGCACAUCUCUGAUGUGCACGGAAACCCUUUAGGAGCUCCCAUCUUGCUACCUUUAAAGGCCUAGUGC